CGCCGUCGCCAGCUGCUGCUGCUGCCGCCGCUGAUACGGAGCGUCGCCGGCGCUGAGGGAGGAUGCUGGCGCUGCGCUGGCCCGCCAAGCGGGUGGGGCGCUGGGCGCCGUGUGGGCAGCGCCGCACCAAGUUCAGCUACGGGCCGAGAACCCCCCGCGGCCCGCUCCCUCGCACCCCUUGGACUGUCCGUGGGCCGCCCCCCGGUGCGAAGCUGCCUUGGUACUUACAGAACGUGCCGUCGGCGCGGGAGCAGCUGCCCGAGCUUGACGUGGUGACGUAUGAAGGGAAGCUGUACCGGGUGCCGUGGAUGGCCAGGCCUAAAUUCCCCAAGUGGGAGCGAGGGUGGCACGACCCCCGGCACGACGGCCCGCCUCCCCCCGAGGAGAUGCCUGCCUACAAGCAGCGGCCUUGCUUCAUAUGCCACCAGCGGACGCGCCUGUUAGAAGGUUUAAAGCAAGCAUUGUGGCUAACCAAGACAAAGCUAAUAGAAGGUUUACCACCUCAAAUACUUGACAUAAUGAAUGACACAGCUCACCAGUUGGAAGAAGAGGAUGAGAGAGUCCAAAAUGUAAUUUCCCAUGCACGUUUCUGGGUAAACACUGAUGUGGACAUUGCAGAAGAUACCUACUGCCCUGUGCUUCUGGAAGGCUUGCUUCACUUGUGCAGGACCAUGACUACCAAAUAUCCCUCACUGGCUAAAAGGAUGAUGGCUCAAGAAUGCAGAGUGGCAGCAGCAUGGGAACGAGAAUCUAUUCUUCUUCAGGUUCGUGGUCCGGGUGGGAAGCUUUUGAAUGCAAUGAAACCUCUACAACCUAUCGCCUCCAAAGAUGAGAUAUUAGCCACUGAGAAUCACACUUUAGAAACCUUCUACCCUGUUGCACCUACGAUUGACCUUCAAGAAGUUAAUGUAUACGAGGCAAAAAAUGAUACAGGUUUUCGAGAAGGCUACCCAUACCUUUAUCCUCACACUAUAUACUUUCCUAUAUGUAACAAUAAAUUUAGAAUGCGACCAGAACAUCUCCAGGCCAAUAUGAUGAUGUUUGCUUUUGGGAAUGCACUGGCCAAGGCUAAGCAACUAUAUGGAGAUGAACCCAGAGUUUUGGAGAACCCUAUUGUGGUUCAGUGCGUUGGUACAAAUGGCCAGUGUUUCCAGUUCAUGCUGUUCCAAUUGAACACAACAGAUCUAGACCCUAGCAAUGGUGUUAAAAACCUAGCCUGGGUGGAUACAGAUCAGCUUCUGUAUGAGGAUGCUAGGAGUCGUCCAGAAAUCAGGAAAAAGGUUGUUGUGAUUCCUGCUGGAAUACAUGGCUAUCAGCGAGAUACAUUCAGGAAGUUUCUGGCAUUCUACUUACAUGGUGUUGUGUGAACAGGCCUCUCAAGGAGUAUGAGUUUAACCUGCCUUUGCUAUAUUUCUUCCUGUAAUACACUUACAGUACAGUUAAGGGUUAAAGGCUAUUUAAUUUUCUAAAAUAAACUUUUUUAAAAAGAA